AUGGCCGCUCACAAUUUUCAAUUCCAAGAGGAAACAAGGAGCACUCUUAGGAACACAGGAGCUUCAAUCAAAAAUCUGGAAAUUCAAAUGAGUCAGAUUGCACAACAAAUGACCAACACUCAACCACAGGGUGCUUUACCAAGUGCUACGGUUACUAAUCCCAGUGACAAUAAUCAUGUGAACGCUGUGACAACAAGGAGCAAUAAAUCUAAGGAAACACAUGAGAUGAACUCUGAUGAAGAGGAUAUGUUGAUUGAAGUGGAUGUGGAGAUUAAAGAAAAUGAGGUUGUAAGGAAAGAGGUCACAGAUGAAGAAGGUGUAGUCCAAGAAAAAGUUGCUACACCUAAACCAGCGGUUAGACUUCCUUUCCCCACAAGGAAUAAGAAGAAAGAACAACAUGAGAAAAACUUCGAGAAGUUCUUAGAGAUGUUCAAGAAACUUGAGCUAAAUAUUCCAUUCUUAGAGGCACUGGAUCAAAUGCCUACCUAUGCGAAGUUCAUGAAAGAUAUCAUUUCAAAGAAGCAAACAAUCGACAGUGACCCGAUUAUUCUAACAGAAACUUGUAGUGCUAUUUUGCAGGGAAUGAAGAUCCCAGUUAAAAAGAGAGAUCGAGGUUCAGUAACGAUUCCAUGCACAAUUGGUGAUAGGUCUUUCAAGAAAGCGUUGAUCGAUUUGGGAGCAAGUGUGAGUCUUAUGCCAUUAUCUAUUUACAAAAGAUUGGGAAUAGGUAAAGUACAAGAUACACGAAUGACACUUCAGUUUGCUGACCAAUCCGUUAAAAGACCCUACGGAGUGGUAGAAGAUGUGUUGGUGAAAAUCGACAAGUUCGUAUUUCCGAAGCUACCUUUGGAAAGAGUUUUGAGUCUAUCAAUCUUCGAAGAGGCGGAAGUAAUUGAUGAAAAAGACAGUGAAGUUUUAGCCAUGAUGGAAACAUCAUUUGUCAAAAAUGCUCGCCACAAUCGAUGGGAGGAUCUAAGGCAACCGUUAGUGGAAGGAAGUAAAGACGAACCAAAGAAGGGGGCUGAACUAAAGCAAUUACCGGAGAACCUCAAAUACGUCUUUUUAGACACUGAAAGUAAGUGUCCGGCUAUUAUAAGUUCUCACCUUGAAUUCCUUUAA